AUGCAUGGUUGGUGCCAGUGGGACUGCAACAAGAGCGUCCAGGUGAAGGGCCAGUUUAGACCAGAAGGUCAAAAACAGGCUGUCCAGCGCGGUAGGCGGCACUUAGAACAUGGUGUGUCUGCACUGUACGCCUUAUUACAGCAGCAGGAGGGCGAGGGCCUACCGGGCUUCACAGCUCGUUGGGAGCAAGAGACGGGACUGACACUCACGGAUUUCGAUUGGGACAAGAUUUUCCAGCUGGCACACAAGGGGAGCAUCUGUUCCAAAUACCAGGAAUGUAACUAUAAAAUUCUGACUUGCUGGUACAGGAACCCAGAUAUCCUCCGCCAUGUCCACAAAUCAAUACCCGGCGAGUGCUGGCGAUGUGGUGCGGAACCGGUCGCGAGGCUGCACAUUUGGUGGUCGUGCCCGCGAAUCGAACCAUUCUGGCAACAGGUCCAUCAAGCAAUUAGGGAAAUCGCUGAUGCAAACCUACCACUGCAGCCCCUGACGAUGUUGCUCAACCACACGCCGAUACCGUUGCAGAAAUACAAAAAGGAGCUGACCAUCCACUUGCUUACAGCGGCGAAAACGCUCAUACCGACACACUGGAAAAGCCGCACGGCGCCCACCUUUCAAAAAUGGGUAUGGAGCUGAUGACGGCCUCCCUGCAGGGACGAGCAGAGCAAUGUGCUACAGCCUGGUUCCUGUGGAUGGAGUACGUGAAUAAGAGGGCGGUGCGAGAAGGAGCGCGAGGGGGUGCCGCGGCUGCUGCGGAGCGGGCGACCCCUUCAGACUGCCACAACAACAAAAUCCGGAGUACACCGGUAACUUCCACCGGAGACUCAAUCCCCAUACACGACGGACAACACACUCAAAAUCACUGA